AUGCAGCAAAGUGAAAGAACAUUUGAACAAACCAUCAAUGUGGUUUACAACCACGUAGUACAAUAUCUAGACUUUAAAGACAUAAUAAGCUUAAUAGCUGCACUGAAUAUUAAAAAUAUUAAAUUUAAUUACGAUACAAUAGUAAUAAACAGUCAAUACCAAGAAAAAUAUUUAAAAAAUAAUAAAAAACACUUUAACUAUUCCGGGAUAGUUAUGUCUAAUUUUAGACUUAAAUCACAUAAUUUAAAUUUUAAUAAAACUGUGAAGUACAUCAAACUGAAAUCAAACUAUUUUGAAAAAUUCCCCCAAUUUAACAAACUUCCCAAUUUGCAACGCUUAGAAUUAACAUGCAGCCAUUUUACCACAAUUCCCAAAAAAUUACCACCAAAUAUACAGUAUUUGGAUUUAUCAUUCAAUAUUUUAAGUGAGAUUAAAAACCUUGACAAUUUAUCUAAACUCGUUAAAUUAGAUCUUACUUACAACAUAGACCUAGCUGAAAUAAACAACCUUGACAAUUUGACCAACCUCGCAGAGAUCAACUUGUCCGAUAAUUGUAUAAGAUCUAUCAAAGGACUUGACAAUUUGAUAAAUCUCAGAAAAUUAAUUUUAUCAAACAAUAAAAUAACCAAAUUACAAUGCUUAGACAAAUUAAUCAAUCUCAAGGAAUUAAUUCUAAUCGGUAACCGAAUAACAAAAAUCGAAAACCUUAAGCUUCCUGAAUUAAAUUACUUAGACCUGUCUGUUAAUAAAAUAGAAACUAUACAAAAUUUACACGAAUGUCCUAAACUUAAAAAACUACGCAUGUGUUAUAAUAAUAUAGAAACUAUAGAAAACUUACAAUACAACACACUUAUAGAACAUCUGGAUUUGUUUAUGAACGAAAUCAAUAAUAUAAAUGGCAUAUUUUGUUUAAAGAAUUUAAACAUAUUAGUUAUGGAUUAUAAUCCAAUUACCAAUGAGGACGUGGAAAAAAUAAGAGAACAUUUUGUUAAUCUUGACAGUCGGUACAUUCCAAUACCAAGGAAUUGGGACCCAAUAAACAACUGA